CUGGGACCCUUUGGCUAGGAGCCCACUCUCGCACAGAGAGCACCUUCGUUUAUCUAUGCAUCGCCCUCGUUUCAGCUAAUUUGCUGUACAGUACAUACCGCCAUCUUCGCAAUUUUGGGUCCUUUCGUUUUGCCCUGUCGACCUUGUCGUUCGCUUUUCUCAGGGAGGAACGGCAUCUUACCACUAAUAAUACACCCUGCCAGUUGUCAAUCGCUUUAGCAAUCGCCCCCAUACGCCUGACGACGCGUACUUCGAAUCGAGUCCCUCGCCGACACAGCGCUCCAAGAUUUCGAAGACGACAAUCCCAAGGACUGGGCCUCGGUUUCGGCGCGCAUUCUUUGCGUCCCGACGAGUCGCACCUGGCGUAGCCAGCAACUAGCGAAAUCCCUCAGCCAGAUCGACUCUACCUCAAGAUGGUUCGAUCUCUCUUGCCUCUGGGCGUCGCCCUCUUCGGCGCCGCCUCUGUCCUGGCGCAAAACCCGCCAACGUGUUCGUUAGACAAGAAAUGCCCGGAGGAGGCACCUUGCUGUUCGCAAUACAAUCAAUGCGGUGUGGGCGCAUUCUGUCUCGGUGGAUGUGACCCGCGCAUGUCGUUCUCCCUGGACUCGUGCGUGCCGGCGCCUGUAUGCGAAGACAAGGUUUACAAGAUGAACACCCUCGACAAUUACAAAGACAUUAGCGAGUAUCUGGGUGAUCCUGACACGGCCGACUGGGUUGGCCAAGGCGAGCCCCUCCUGUACGACGGCAACGUCCUCCUUACCAUGCCCCCUAAGUCCGUCGGUACCGUCCUGGCUACAACGAGGUACAUGUGGUAUGGCAACGUCAAGGCGAAGCUCAAGACAUCGAGAGGCGCGGGAGUGGUUACCGCGUUCAUUCUGUUCAGCGACGUCAAAGACGAGAUUGAUUACGAGUUCGUUGGCGUAGACUUGGAAACAGCGCAGACCAACUACUACUUCCAGGGCAUUCCCAAUUGUGCUGACUCGGUGGCUAUUCAAGACGAUAAUUCCGGCAACAUCACCGAUCUGUCCAACACUUACGACAAUUUCCACGAAUACGAGAUCCAGUGGACGCCCGAUGAGAUCAAGUGGCUUGUGGAUGGCAAGGUCGGACGCACCAAGAAGAGAUCCGAGACUUGGAACGAGACGUCGAACCAGUGGGCCUUCCCGCAGACGCCGUCUCGGGUGCAAAUCUCCAUCUGGCCCGGCGGCGCCGAGACCAACGCCGAGGGCACCAUCAACUGGGCGGGCGGCAAGAUCGACUGGAAUUCUGACGAGAUCAAGAACUUUGGCUAUUACUUUGCGACCUUUUCGGAGGUCACCGUUGAGUGCUACAAGACGAACAGCCCGCCCGGCACGAACAAGGGCGUCUCGUACUACUACAACAACAUCGCCGGCACCAACGACACCGUUGUCGACAGCAACAAACCCACCGUGCUCAAGAGUCUCCUUGGUACCGGCACAGACAUGGACAAGGGCGGCGACAACUCAACAGACGCGGCUGAGACCUCGGGCGUCCACAACGUUCCUGGCGGCAGCUCCAGCCCUGCAAACGUCCCAGGUUCUGGGUCCAACAGUGGCGGUUCCGACUCCGGCAGCUCCGGCAGCUCCAGCAGCGGCAGCACGCAGAGCUGCGAUACCAAAUCCUUCUCCCAGAAUUGCGGCAGCAGUGGCACCAGCGGUAACAGCAAUGACGGCGUGCGCGGUGCUGACCGGACGCUUGGUGCCAGCGCUUUCGCCGUCAUCAUUGGUAUCGCUGGGCUGCUCUUCCUUUAG